AGUCUCAGGCUACCGGGACUGACGAGGGUGGGCCGCGGCUCGGGGUGGAGUCCACGGGCAAAGGAUGUGAGCUCACAGGCUGCGAUUGCUGGCCGGCAAGGCGACCGCAGGUGUCGGCUUGAGACCCAGCGGAGAGGAGAGGCUGCCCCCGGGACGCGCUGAGAGUAUGAGGCUCUGGCCUCCACUGGCCACUCACUCGUGACCCUUCCACCACGGCGGAGCCUUCCAAGCCGACCUCCUGCCGUGUGGUGAUCUACCUGCAGCGGGAGAUGUCAGGGGAUACCUGUCUGUGCCCAGCCUCAGGGGCCAAGCCUAAGCUGAGUGGCUGCAAGGGAGGAGGCCUGGGUAACAAAUACGUCCAGCUCAAUGUGGGUGGUUCCCUGUACUACACCACCGUGCGGGCGCUAACCCGGCAUGACACAAUGCUCAAGGCCAUGUUCAGCGGGCGCAUGGAGGUGCUGACUGACAAAGAAGGCUGGAUCCUCAUAGACCGAUGCGGAAAGCACUUUGGCACCAUUUUGAAUUACCUCCGAGAUGACACAAUCAUCCUCCCUCAAAACCGACAGGAAAUCAAGGAAUUGAUGGCUGAAGCGAAAUAUUACCUCAUUCAGGGCCUGGUGAACAUGUGCCAGACUGCCUUGCAGGACAAAAAGGAUUCCUACCAGCCUGUGUGCAACAUCCCCAUCAUCACGUCUGUGAAGGAGGAGGAAAGGCUCAUUGAGUCCUCCACCAAGCCUGUGGUGAAGCUGCUGUACAAUAGGAGCAACAACAAGUACUCGUACACCAGCAACUCCGACGACCACCUGCUGAAAAACAUCGAGCUGUUUGACAAGCUCUCCCUGCGCUUCAACGGCCGUGUGCUCUUCAUCAAGGAUGUCAUCGGCGAUGAGAUCUGCUGCUGGUCCUUUUAUGGCCAGGGUCGGAAACUGGCGGAGGUGUGCUGCACCUCCAUUGUGUAUGCCACGGAGAAGAAGCAGACCAAGGUGGAAUUCCCGGAGGCCCGAAUCUAUGAGGAGACGCUGAACGUCCUACUCUAUGAGACCCCCCGAGUCCCUGACAACUCCUUAUUGGAGGCCACAAGCCGGAGCCACAGCCAGGCGUCCCCCAGUGAAGAUGAGGAGACCUUUGAACUGCGGGACCGUGUCCGCCGCAUCCACGUCAAGCGCUACAGUACUUACGACGACCGGCAGCUCAGCCACCAGUCUGCCCAUCGCGACUGACAAGACCCUCUGGGAGUCAGGGCACAGGACACCCUGCCUCCCCUCCUGUAGACACCCCCUCCACUGGCCACCCCACGCUGCUACUGGCUGAGUCUCUGCUCUAGCACCCAGAGGUUUGACGGCCCGCAUGGGGCUUCAGAGGGCCUGAGCAGGAAAGGGCCCACAUUCCCUUGCCCUGCUCCGUGAGCACUGUGGGAUGUCCGAGCCCUCGCCCCUUGGCUCAGCGGCUCCCUGCCUGCCUGACAGGGAGCUGCCUCUGCCCCUGGAGUGUGGAUCAGCCUGCCCCUCUCCCACUGAGAACAUUGCCCUUGGCCAGGGCUGAGCAGCUCUUUCCUCUGUUGAAGGGCUACCUGUAGGGCUCAGCUAGGGAAUGGGUUCGUUCUGUGGGGAAGGCAGCUUCUGGUGCUGUGGAGGCCCAGUUUCUAACAAGGUGGGGCUCCUUUUUUCCUAAGGUAUUUAAGCACAGGCUUGAUGAGUUUUUUUUAAAAAUCAUCUAGGAAAUGCAUAGUUUUAAGUAAUAAUGAGGGGAUUGGGUACUUCUGCUUCCCUUCCAGGGUGCUAAGACCCUGGAUCUGGAAGAACCCUUGGCCCUUUUUGAUGCCUUUGGGAUCUGUUUCUUUAAAGCACUUUGUACUUUUGUUCAGAUUUGUAUUCUGCCCUGACCCACAUCUUUUUGACCCUUACCCCCUUCUUCCCUGCAGAACAGUCUGAGGGAGGGGAGAUAGAAGCAAUAGAAGACAAGUAACCAGCUCUGGCUUUGCCAGCCUGGCCAAGCAGCCAGCCUAGAGCACACUGAGAAAAGGCAGUUUUGUAAGUUGGGACCUGAGGUCCUAAUAACAAUCCUAUGAGAAGGGACAUUGCACCCCAAUAUCUUAGAGUCACAGUGCUGACUCCUAGAGUCUAACAUGAGUUGCACCUUUUGACCAUCUUGCCCUCAGUUCCAAGGCAAGCUGCCCCUGCUUGCUGUAAAGCCAGAGAGCCAUUAUAGGGGGGUCAGGAAUCAUGCGAGUCCAGAUGAGCCACAGCAGCAAGGCUGUGGAGCCCAUGGGCACUGCACUUGCGUGCCCAUCAGCCAAGGACAGAGAACACAGAGCCUGCAGUCCCAGCAGCCUGAGCAGACAUGGUGUGUGCUUGGCCAUACAUCCUCUUUCCCCUACCCAUGCUGUGGUUAAGUGUCCUGGCUUGGGGGUGGGGGGUGAUUCUGCUCAGUGGUGAGUCCCUGAACACAGGAUGACAUGAGCAGCCCCUUGAAGGGUUUUGUUAUUUCUUUCUUGUUGAGUAACUUGGACAUGGAAAUGCCAAGUACCUGCUGUUGGACAAGGGUGUAAGCUUCUCUUCAAGGCUUUUGUUCUCAUUCCCUUGUUUGGCUUGGCCCUCGGAAGUCUGCUUAUUUGAAUUCUUUCCCAAAAGAAUACCAUCAGAGAAGGCGCUGUUCAGCCAGCUUAACAACACAUAGCCAUCAGCAGUGCCCACUCAUUGGGGAAGGGACAUAGGUUAUCAAGUUCAUUUCCCUUGGCUACUCUUAUUACAGAUAGUGGCUGCUCAUGGUGACCCCUGGGCAGAUGCCAGGCCAGGGUUCGUAUGCAGGGACCUGAAGUGACAGGAUGGGGCAGGGGAAAUGUGACUUAUCAGGCAUUUUACACUUGUUGCAGCCUUGAAUGUUGACUUUAAAAGUGAGGCGCCCUGGUGAUCAGCUUGAACAGUUCUAGCUCUCACUGGAGUAACAGGAUGACGGAUCAGUUUCUUUGGCCAGAUUCCGGCCUUGGCUUUGUGGCUUUCCCACAGGGACUGGAAUGCUCCUGCCUGAAGCCACUGGCUAACUUCCUCAGCUGCCCUUCCUCAGUCCCAGCUCCCCAUGGAGGUAUUUUAAUGUUUAUCCUUUGACUUCCUCUGUAGUCUGUCUUUACUGCUUUUGACAUUCAGAUCCUUAGUGUCUCAGUGGUGACCAAUCUUUCUUGAGAAAGCACAACAGUCUGGGACUCUGGGCAUUUAUCUCCUCUGAUUGUAAAUGUCUCCUUGGUCUUAAGUACUAACAUUGAACUCCCUGAAGUAAUCUUAGCUUCUUUAGUAAGAAUUCGUGGUGUAAGGGUUUGGGGCAUUUUGAGUUUCCUAACCCCUUCCAGGAAGCAGUUCUUGGCUGUGUGACUUUUUCAACUCCGAGCAGCAUGGGAAGGCAGACAAAAAGCAUGGAUGAAGUUCAAACCUUGGCAGUUGCUGAGGAAACUGGGAGUCUGCUGUUAACCACAUGGACAGUGUUGUUAACAUGUUAACUGUGACUGUUAACAUGGGUUGGGUUCUAAUCAGUGUUACCUGACCAUGCACAGUUUGUCUGCAGUAUGGCACUGGCCAUAGCAUGAGAGAACUUCGCCUUUAUCAGGAACUGCAGCUCCUUAUUGUUCAGACAGGUGAUGGAAACAAACACUAAUUUCUAAUAAAAUUGUAUGACACU